AAAAUGGGAGACGAGGAUAGUUGUGUUAGAGUAGCUGUGAGGAUAAGGCCUCAGAUUCCUCGGGAGGUGAUAGACAUGUGCCGCGUUUGCACGUCCGUUACACCAGGCGAGCCUCAGGUGACACUGGGCUCAGAUAAAUCAUUCACAUUCGAUUAUGUUUUUGAUGUGGACGAUCAGCAAGCUACUAUUUACGACACAUGUGUAUCGCGGCUGGUCCAAGGCGCUCUCAAAGGGUACAAUGCCACUGUGCUUGCUUAUGGACAGACGGGCUCUGGGAAAACAUACAGCAUGGGCACAGGAUUCGACGUUGAUGUUACUCCACAAGCUGAAGGCAUUAUACCUCGAGCGGUCAGACAUCUUUUUGCCGGAAUAGAGGAAUUGCAAACGGGACCUGAAAAUGCGAGAUUCUCGGUGGCCGCUCAAUUUAUGGAAUUAUACAACGAGGAAAUCAUCGAUUUACUGGAUCCAUAUAGCAAGGGCCGAAUAUUUAAAAUUCACGAAGACAUUUCUGGUGGCAUUUCUGUGGCAGGAGCGACUUUAAAACCAGUAAAUGGACCCCAGGACGCUUUGAGAUGUCUUCAGUCUGGUGCAUUGGCUCGAACCACCGCCAGCACUCAAAUGAAUGCUCAGAGCAGCCGUUCACAUGCCUUGUUCACUCUACUGAUUCGACAGCAGAGAGUCAUAAAUGACGAGGAUUCAGAGGCACCAGACGGCGAUUUGCAAACACUGACGGCGAAAUUCCACUUUGUCGAUUUAGCAGGGUCGGAGCGACUAAAGCGUACAGGUGCCACUGGAGAAAGGGCCCGUGAAGGCAUAUCAAUUAAUUGCGGCUUACUAGCACUAGGAAACGUUAUUUCGGCUUUGGGAGAUAAAUCUAAAAAAGCUUUACACGUACCAUAUAGGGAUUCCAAAUUGACCAGGUUACUUCAGGACUCUUUGGGUGGCAAUAGUCAGACAUUAAUGAUAGCUUGCGUAUCGCCGAGCGAUAGAGAUUUUAUGGAGACACUAAACACAUUAAAAUAUGCGAAUAGAGCGCGAAAUAUUAAGAACCGCGUCGUGCUGAACCAGGAUCAAAGUUCGAGAACUAUUGGGCAACUAAGGCGCGAAUUGGCUCAAUUACAAAUGGAACUUCUCGAAUACAAACAGGGUAAAAGGACAGUAGAUGCGGAAGGCAAUGGCACUUUAACAGAUACAUUCCAUGAAAACGCGUUGCUGUCCGCUGAAUUGCAAAGACUGAGACAAAGGCUACGCGCUCUUCAAGAAACCGUGUCGAAUCUUACCGAAAGGAAUACAGAAUUGCUUGCUGAAAGAGCUGCUGCUAUGUGGGGCCAAGGAGAUAACGUAGAAAUGAGCGGAAUGGUGAGAGGUUACAUAAAAGAAAUCGAAGAAUUAAGGGCUCGUUUAUUAGAAACUGAUAGCAUGUACCAGCAGCUCAAGAAACAAAGUAUACAGCAGCAAAAAGCGCGAAAUCGACUGGGCACAUAUAUAUUGGAUGAUGAAGAAAAUAGUAUAAUCGAAGAAGCUAAACGUGAAUUGGAACGGGAGAGGGAAGUUUUAUUAUCUAGAUCUUUAGUUGGGGUUAAUAACGCAAUGGAAAAUGAAAUUAAUGAUGCAGAAACACAACCAAACGACUCUGUUUCGGAUAGUGAGGAAGAGUCUGAUGAAGAUAGCGAUGAAAAAGAAGUAGAAAUGGGCGCCGAAUUGGCUGAACUAAGUCAUGAUAUCGAUAUGAAACAAAAACUGAUUGCACAACUUGAAGUUUCACAACAACGUCUUUGCACAAUGAGACAGCAUUAUGAAGAUAAAUUGGCUGUGCUAUCAGCCAAGAUCAAUGACACGCAGAAAGAACGCGAUCAAGUGUUGGCUACUAUAGGAAGUCAAUCUUUUGCUCCAACUGAUAAGAUAAAGAAAGUUAAAGAAGAAUAUGAGCGAAAAUUAUCGGAUAUGCAAAGGGAGCUCCGGAGGCUCCAGUACGCACAAAAGGAGCAUGCCAGAUUACAACGUUCUCAAGCACAAAGUGAAGUACAGUUACGUACGAUUCGCGCUGAAGUUAACGAAAUGAAAAGGGCGAAGGUAAAAUUGAUCAAUAAAAUGAAAGAAGCUCAUCAAAAGCACAAGGAAGAAGAAUCUAGACGCGUACGCGAAAUUGCUCAACUUCGCAAAGAAUCAAGAAAGAAUGCAAAUACUAUACGUUCUUUGCAAGCAGAUCGUUUAGCUAAAGAACAAGUUCUCAAGAGAAAAACUGAGGAAGUUACCGCAUUAAGGAGAGAGCAACGUGGUGGCAACUUGAGUCGUAAAGCCCAAGGACGAUUACUUCCUAGCCCGCGAAAUAAUCAACGUAAUGGAGUAGCAAUGUCCGCAAACGUCUUUUCGGCCCGCGAUGCCCGCCAGAAAUGGGAAUCCCUUCAAAGGUCGAUCGCACGCACCGCUCGCAGUCGCCAAGCUGCUGCAGGGCUUGAACGCGAGCUGGAGCGAUUGUUGGGCGAAAGGGACGCCUUGGGUCGCGAAUUGGAACGACUUAAGAGGACGAGAGGCUUGAACGAGUCUGCUGCUGAAGAACGAGAUAGCAUUGAAACUCAUCUGAGGUACUUGCAAGAUGGCAUCGGAGAAGUUCAACAUGCCAUAAUGGAAUUAGAAGAAGGAAAGGAAGAAAAUAAUGAACUUACUCCUCUUCAAACGAUCAUCGGUAAUAUAUCCACUGUAGAAGAAGCGAGAUUCUUGUUGGAAAAGCUUUGUGGAACAGCUAUCAGCCAAGCCUGUGAUGUCGCCAUGAAUGAAAAUAAAUUGAAGGAGAAAGAGGCUUUAUUGACAGAGGUUCAACAAGAUAGUACAAUACAACAACAAUUAUUAGAACAUGUGCUAUUACAAGCACCUGAAGUGCCGGGAUCUUUAUCUGCUAGCACUUGCAGCAAUGGAAAAAAUUCAGAAUCCCCAAAUAGUUCUAGAGGCAGCAGCAGAUCGCCAUCACCCACUCAUGGAGACAAUACUCGAACAUCAUCUGUGAAUAAAGUACGUCGUCGGACAGUUCUUCCUUCCGAAUUGUUAUAUGGAACGUCGACUGUGAACGGAUCCACAGAUGAUCACAGCAAAGAAAAUGGUCAUUCUAAAGAGAACGGAAGUGUACAAAAUGGUGAUGCUAUGACCAGGUCGUAUCACCAGGAUCAGCAAACCAUUACCAACGGAAAUGCUCAUAGAGGUCAACCGCUCGCCAGAGUUCCUAGUGCACCAGGCUCACUGAAGGGUCUGAUGCCCUUACGCCAACUAGACCAAGGUAGACCAUCUCCAUUACUAGCUAGAAGAAAUAUUGACUCUCCAAAUGGUCUUCUGUCGCCUAGGUUGACCAGAAGGUCAUUUGGUUCUACAACACCGGGUAGCAAACCAGCACCAGCCAUAGACGGAGACGCGACUGCAACUCCUCCUGGUUCUCCGCCCGCGUACAGAAGGUUCAACAGUCGCGAAGAGGAUGUUUUUUCAAGGUUAGCGGGCCCUGGCGGCUCACUCAGUGAAGUUCAGACAUCAGGAAGCAUUAAUGAAUACACUGGAAAGAUUUCUGGGAAAAGUCCUCUACAUUGCACUCAUAUUGUUGAUGGUCACAAUACUCCUGUUCUGUCAGUCAAGGCAUCAGCGGAUAAAUUAUUCACAGCAGCUUCAGACCGCACGGUAAAGGUGUGGGAUCUUCAAACAGGCGCAUCUCCUUUAUGUUUAAGUGGUCAUCCUGGACCAGUAGUAGAUGUUGCAUAUGAUCCACCAUCAGGUUUAUUAUAUUCGGCUUCAGGCCCAUAUGUUCGCGUUUGGGAUUUACGAGCUACUAAAUUGAGGCCAAUCAAGACACUAUGUUCAUCUGGAGCCACUUUGAGCGGAACUGCCAAUUUAACCCAGCAAAUACCCGGCGAGGUACCUAUAAAUGCUUUGGCGUUGGGAAAUACUGGUUCAUUAUACGUAGCAGCAUCGGAUAAAGUUAGAAUAUGGGAUUUGAGAAAGAUGUCUUGCAUUGGAAAGUUGUCCGGCGGUCACCAAGCGGCUGUGAUGUGUAUCGCUGUUUCCGAAAAUGAAGCAGGAAACGACACCGUAGUAACUGGUUCAAAAGAUCAUUAUAUUAAAGUGUUUGACAUUGGACCCCAAGGCGGUUUAGUAACUCCGUCCAUGAAUUUGGAACCGCCUCACUAUGACGGUAUUCAAUCUCUAUGCAUAAUAGAAAAUUCAUUAUUUUCCGGUUCUCGGGAUGCUGGUUUAAAACACUGGAAUCUGAAAACUGGCGAAUUAUAUCAGUCCUUAAAUAACGUCCACAAGAACUGGGUUAGCGGUUUGGCUUAUUGGAAAGGUCGUCCGGGAACCAAGAACAGCAACGGUGUUCUUCUGUCCAGUUGCCGAGACGGCGUCAUCAGAUUGUGGGAUGCAAAAACUUGUGAAGCUCUCUCGGAAAUGCGUGCAGAUUCUGGUCCAAUAAAUGAUGUCACUACAAAUAAUACCAGGAUAUUCACGGCCUCCAAGUAAGUAUAAUUAAUAUUAUAGAUUCUUUGAUUUGAGUGUGGUGUAGGAUUUAGGAAAUUUUAGAUAUAAAUUGAUUGGACAGAUUGGCGUAUGUGUAUGUGUAAAUUGUGAUAA